GAGAUAUAUUAUGUGAGGUUGCCUACAUAGGUACAUUGUUACCUAUCAUUCUGAAGUUUCCGAGAGAGAUGAUAAACAUUCAAUGAUAUCUUCAACACUCCCUCCUAUCAUGUGGCAAGUGUAAGUAAACCUAGAAAUGAGCAUGUAUUUUUAUUGUUCGUAGCUCUCUAGGUAAUAAUAGGGGCUUGAAAUUGUUAUACCCCGGCUUAUAUAAUAAAGCCAAGCUAAAAGCUGGGUAAAAGCUGGGGUAUCGGUCUAGGCCCCUUCGCUUUACGCCGGCUUAAGUGACGUCGUUAACCUCGGAAUUCCGUCUAACACCUAGAAUGUCAGACGGACAAUCAAUCCUCAAAAUUGUCCUUUGCUACAAAGUCUUGCUUUCUUUGCCAUUUAUAUAAUUCAAUUGGGGUUUUCACCGAUGAUUAAUCCAUAAUAAACCAUGAACUAGGCACAAUGAAGGCGCGAACAGUAUCGAGAGCCUUUCUACGAAGAGCCGUAGGCUCUACACCCCUCGCCUCUCGUACUCCUAAUUUCCAGUACUCAGCUAUUCGGUCAGCUAGUAGCGUAUCGCAACGCCUCGGUUCAAGCCAUGUUUCUUUCCCCGGAGCGGUGAAUAGCGCUUUCACGAGCGACCUCAAAUUCGUAAUACCUUCCGAUUACCCUACUUUACCGACAUAUCGGGUGGUAGAUCAAGAUGGCAAUAUUGUCGACCGGGCAUUCAAGCCCGACCUUAGCGAUGAGGAAGUCAUAAAAUUGUAUAAAACUAUGUUGACUAUUUCGAUAAUGGACCCUGUUAUGUUCGAUGCCCAGCGACAAGGCCGGAUAAGUUUUUACAUGGUUUCAGCGGGCGAAGAGGCCAUCAGUGUUGGAUCCUCUUCCGCACUGGACCGAGAAGAUGUGGUGUUUUGCCAAUACCGCGAACAAGGAAUAUUUGCGCAACGCGGCUUUACUUUGAAGGACUUCAUGGACCAGCUUUUUGCGAACAAACAUGAUUUAGGAAAAGGUAGAAAUAUGCCCGUUCACUACGGUAGCAAGGAGUGCAAUAUCCAUGCGAUUUCUUCACCUCUAGCGACGCAAAUACCACAAGCAUCAGGCGCGGCAUACGCCCUUAAAAUGCAACGUAUUAACGAUCCGUCUUUAAAACCUCGGGUGGUCGCAGUGUACUUUGGUGAGGGAGCUGCAAGCGAAGGUGACUUUCACGCUGCACUGAACAUUGCCGCAACGCGAUCUUGUCCCGUCAUCUUCUUCUGUCGAAACAACGGAUACUCAAUCUCAACGCCUACUCUUGAACAAUAUCGGGGUGAUGGCAUUGCAAGUCGAGGUAUUGGGUACGGAAUUGACACCGUGAGGGUAGAUGGAAAUGAUAUCUGGGCGGUUAGAGAAGUCACUAAGAGAGCAAGGGAGAUGGCCCUUGAAGACGGUGGCAAGCCUGUAUUAAUCGAGGCAAUGAGCUAUCGCGUCAGUCAUCAUAGUACAUCCGACGAUUCUUUCGCAUACCGAGCCAGAGUGGAAGUCGAGGACUGGAAACGUCGGGACAACCCUAUUGCCAGAUUACGAAAAUACAUGGAAUCGAAGGGAAUUUGGGAUGAGUCCAAAGAGAAAGAAGCUCGCGAGAGUACUAGACGGGAUGUUUUGAAGGCGUUUUCCGAGGCAGAACGGGAAAAGAAACCACCCAUUAGAACAAUGUUUGAGGAUAUCUAUGAGGAAUUGACACCCGACUUAAAGGCCCAGAUGGAACAACUGAACAAGCAUCUAGAGAAUUACCCUAAUGAGUAUGAUCUGGGCGAGUAUGAGGGAGGUAUUGAUAGUUUAAAGUCAUAGAUAGUUUUGGUAUACCGAAUUCGAACAUCCGAGUUUAGUCGAGUCAUCUUUUUGACACCCAGAUGGGGUUAAUUAGCUAAAUCAAUACACCGGUAUUACAGAAUACCCACACUACAUACCUGGCUAGUUGUCUUCUAUGUGACGAUGAAUUAUAAGAUGUCUCCUUUCUGUUAGUUGUGAUUGGUGGCUGCUGAGAGAUAACCAACGCUUGUCAGCCACGUCG